CCUGUUGCACCAGUGCAGCAGUGUAGCGAAAAAGAACAAGCCAAUUCUAACUUAUUACACCAGUGCAGCAGUGCAGCGACGAAGAAUAGGCCUCAGAUUCCAUGUUGCUAAUGUUAUUGCGGGUAAGAUAAAGUGUAGUUUGCGCUUUUUUCAACACAGAGCUACGACGAGGGUUGCGCGAUCGCGCGAUGUGGUGAGUGACGCUCGCGGCGAGAGACAGCAUCCGUAUGCUGUGCGUUCACCGCCAGGCCCGAUGGCGAAACCGGAGCGGCUUCGCUUCACAAUUCUCGAUGACCUGAUACUGCUGCGGGAAGUAUCGCAGCAGAAUCCGUACGAGGAGAGCGACAGGUGGAAGAUCGUCGCCGAGCGAGUUGUGAGCGCGACGCAGAAAAACUUUAGCCUACGCUGCGUCAAGGAACACGUCGAUCACUUGCUGAAAAUCUGGGCCAGGGAGGGCCGCGCGGACUUGAGAAAUUGUAGACCAGGGACCGAACAACAGUAUAACGAGAAGGAAGAACUCCUACAGCAGGUGCAAGACUUACAAAGGGAGUUUAGGCGCACCAGCAAAGGCUCAAAUGCACAGAAGUCAAGAAUACAAAAGGAUGUGAAAUUAGAGAACAUUUCUGAUACUUUAGAAGUGAUAAUAGAGGAACCAACAAUGGUAACAUCUAUACCUUCGUCAUUUAUGUCUUCAACAUUGUUACCGCUUGCUUUACCAUCUCCAACCUCAUCGUCUUCAUCUUUGUCAUCGACUCGGUCGGCAGAACUUGUUGACUCGCUGCGGAUCUCGCCGACCACGUCAUCGAGAACAGGUGGUCCAAUAAGGAAUAAAGUGCACCACAAUGCAUUGAAAAAAUCAACGUUGAACUUUUUACAUGAAAGACAUAAGAAAGAUGUGGAAUUUCAAGAGAAGCACUUACGUCUGGAGGAGAGGAGAAUUCAACUUGAGGAAGAAAAAUUUAGGAUGGAAAGAAAGGAACGUGAGGCGAGACUUGAACUGGAAAUUGAAGAAAGGAGACAAAAAAUUGCAAUGUCCAAACAGAAACAGGAGAUUUUGGAAAUAUUGUUACAACUAAUACAUAAACCUUGAUUAUUUUUUUAAGUGAUAGCUUUUCUUUGUGUUAUUGAUUUAUAAAUAAAUAAUAUUGCUUAAAAAAUGUAUAGGGUUAUAUUAUAUUUUUUGUUAUUAUAAAUUACUUAUGUAUAGAUAUUCUUCUUUUAGUGCCAUGACCAUAAUGAUUAUAGGCGAUCCCGCAGUGUAUUUCUGUGAUGUGCGCUUUCUACAAUUUAUAGAGAUAUGUGGGACCUACAGCUUAAUGCCAAACGGCCUAUAAUAAAGAGAUUUUCCUGCGCAAGAUACUCUCGAUGGCUUGCCAUUGCCUUCCGAAAGGUAGCAAUCGAAUAAUCAGAUUAUUCUUACCGGGAUUUGAAUCCGGAUCUCUGGCACAGAAAGUAAACGUACAACUCACUGGGCCACGAUUGCUACAGAUUAUUAUAGAUUACUUGUGUAUGGGUAUGUGUACGUGCAUAUGUAUAUAUGUAAAUGAUAAAAUUUUGAUUAAAUAAAAAAAUUUUUUAAUAUAAAUAA